AUGGGUGGCAUCGAGCAAUCAUAUUCGCCUUUCCGACCGCUGGACAAACCGAAGCGAAUGCGUACCCAUCACAAUCUGCGGAUCCUCCUGAUUGUGGCAGUUUGUUGCACAGUAUUGCUGGUCCGCAGGACGGGAAUCUCACAGACACCCAACUCACAUGGCCUUCUACCAACCAAAGCCAUUGUCUCCCCACGCGACCAAGCUGCGAACUCAACGCUGGGCUUCGAGAAGAUUCUGACAGUUGCGUACAAGCAAAAUAACUGGCGAACCCGUGGCUUGAGGGCGGCAGCUAGCAUAACAAAUCUGAAUAUCGAUGUUCCAGAACAGCCAUAUAUCACGGAUGAAGAAGUCAAUGAUUUCUUGGCACAUUCAUCAGAACCUCACAGAAAUGAAAAAGGCACUGCCAGAGUGUGGAUGGCACACCGUGAUAUGCUCAAGCACAUCAUUAUGUCAAGCUUCUCUACAGCGUUGAUCUUAGAGGACGACGCAGAUUGGGACAUGAACAUACACAUUCAGUCGGCAUUACUAUCAAGUGCGAUCCGAAACUUGACGGAUACAAAGGCCGACGACAACUCACCUUAUGGAUCAGAGUGGGAGGUUCUCUGGCUUGGACACUCCGGCGACCAGUCCUUCAACACGGCUACACCUCACGUCGAAUAUGCUGAUCCGACGAUCUUGCCAUUUAAGACCUAUGCCUGGUGGACAAAAGCUUUUCUAGAGCAGUACAACAGAGCGGGCCAUCGGUCUGUGCAAUGGCCAAUAGAGCCAACCGGGCUUAUUGCGUACGCCGUCAAUACUGGCGUUGCCCAGAAGAUCCUACGUCACCUUGGUGAAGGCGGUCAUCAAGCCAUCGACCUUGAGCUUAGAUAUCUGUGCCAGUACCAUAUUCUGAGAUGCUUUAUUGUCAACCCAGAAAUUGUGGGAAUGUAUGAGCCGAAAGCUGAGCUUGGUUACGUCAGCCCUAACAACGAGGGUAAUGGCCAAACUCUAUCGAAGGUGGACGAAGCUUUUGAGAAGGUGAAGGGUGCCACAAGAAACGUCAAAGAUAGUGCGAGAUGUGCUGCUCUGUUCGGCAGUACCUGCCAACCUACAGUGUCCGAAGCCUGA